ACAAAAAACAAGAGAGAGAGAAGAGAGAGAGGAGAGAGAGAGAGAGAGUUUCUUCCCCCCACCCCCAUUCCCCCUCUUUCAGAGAGAUGGUCGAGGAGAGUUUUCAUCUCUGAGAUCAUCCUAUCCUGAAAGGGGAAGAAGUCGAUCAAGCAAAUCCGCGCACAAUUUCUCCUUCGUCUCUUCAAUCGUAAUUCAUCUACAUUCUUCUCUGCUACAAUUUUCUGUUUCCGAACCACAAUUUUUCCCACCCAUCAUCAUCGUCAACCUUUUCCCCACCCUCUGCAUUUUCUCUCGUAAACAGGAUCUCGAGAAAAGGAUCGAUUGCUAAAUACAUUAUUUCUACCCCGGAAUUACGCCGCAGAUUGUAGGGCAUUGCAUUGCAAAUUGACCUCCCCAAUUUUUUUUUGUCCUCUGAUAAAAAUCGAAAUCUCAAGAUAGUUAAUUCAGCCGGGUUAUGCAGUUGUUGGUGAAAAGCGUGGUGUUAUAGCCAAACUAAAAGCUGGUUGAAGAUGAGAGACCCCAAUUUUGCUAAUAGUUUAAAGGGGGCUGAUAUGUUAACUUUUGCUUGCUAAGUAGUUUGUGCCUAGUGGCUUAGUAGUGAUUUGGUGUAUGUACAGUUAUCAUUGAUUAGGUGAAGUGAAGGAAUUGUUGGCGUCGUUGUGUUACGUCCGAGUAAUUCUAAAUUGCUCGGAGGGUUAUCGUGCAACUAUACAGCUGGAUAUUUUUUAUGUGGCGCCUCUUUAUAGAUUCCUGCUGGCUGUGUUGGAAGAAACUGUUCAACCUUUGCUCCUCUUCGACAAAUGGUUCUGCACACAAUGGGGGGUAGAUGGACCUCUUGUUUCACGCUUUUGAUUCUUGUUGUGGGAGUUCAUGGUUGCUCUUCGCUCAAUUCUGAAGGAACGGCAUUGCUUCAUUUCCGAGCAAAGGUGGAAUUUGAUCCAUCAGGAGCUUUAUCAAAUUGGAAUGCAGAUGAUUGCGACCCUUGCAUGUGGUCAGGAGUUGAAUGUCUGGACGGUCAAGUGGUUAUGCUAAAUCUUAGUGGACUUUAUUUGGAGGGAGUACUAGCGCCAGAGCUUGGAAACCUUGCCCAUUUGAAAUUUCUUGACCUAUCGAAAAACCACCUUUUCGGCACGAUACCUCCACAAUUUGGACAGCUUAGAGCACUAGAAGUGCUGGAUUUGAGGGAUAAUAGCUUGAGUGGAACAGUUCCUUCAGAAUUAGGAGAGUUGCAUUCCCUAAAACGCUUAUUGCUUCGUAGCAAUAGAUUCGAAGGAAGGAUUCCGGUGGAGAUUGAGAAGCUUUGUAUGCUAACUGAUUUGCAGUUCGAUAAUAUCUCUACAAGUGCUGCUCCUGCUGAAAUCGGUUGUGUAAAUAGAAAAUUUGGCCACUGCAUCUGGCAGGGACAAUCGAGGAAAGCAGAACGGAGCAUAAUUCAUUACCUUAAACUGCUGGCACAGUUGAAGUUUCCAAGCGACAUGUCACACAACCAUGGUGAUAAUGACUGCAGCAAUCUAACAGAUUCACCGGAUACAGGUGUGAUUCGGAACGUAGACAUGCACGUAACUAAUGUACGCCGCAUCCUAGACGAACAAACCAGUAGUAAUCUUGUUGCUGUUCCUCCCAACAUUCCGGUCCCACCUCCGACGGGAGCUUUCGUUUCUCUUCCAAGCAGAAGUAGUGGCUCAUUUCCUGCUAUACCGAAUGCGAAGAAACUUUCUCCUUUGCCUAUACCCUCACCGACUUCAGGAGAAGAGAAUAUGCCUCGUGGGAGUCGAUCAAACGAUAAUCAGUCAUCUGCUGCUGGAAAUUCUGUGAAUUCGCUGAAGCUUAUAAUUGGAAUAUUGGCUGCAGUUUUCUUGCUCAUUGUUUUGGCAGUUAUAUUUGCCAUCUUCAGGUGUAGAGCAGCUAAAACAAUUGGUCCUUGGAAGACUGGAUUGAGUGGACAGUUGCAGAAAGCUUUUAUUACAGGCGUCCCUAAGUUGAACAGAGGUGAGCUAGAAACUGCAUGUGAGGAUUUCAGUAAUAUUAUAUAUACCCAUGAUGGUGUGGCCACGUUAUACAAGGGAACUCUAUCAAGUGGAGUCGAGAUUGCUGUUGUUUCAACUGCUAUAGGUUUUUUAAAUGAAUGGUCAAAACGCGCGGAAUUAACAUUCAGGAAGAAGAUUGAUAGCUUGUCUCGAGUGAAUCACAAGAAUUACGUUAAUCUUAUCGGCUACUGCUCGGAAGAUGUACCUUUCACUAGAAUGAUGGUUUUUGAGUACGCUCCAAAUGGCUCUCUCUUUGAGCAUUUGCACAUUAAAGAACUCGAACACCUUGACUGGAGCGCAAGGAUGAGGAUAAUCAUGGGGACUGCUUAUUGCCUUCAGUACAUGCACGAUCUCACUCCACCAAUCGCACAUGUCAACUUGACUUCGAAAGACAUAUUCUUGACCGACGAUUAUGCUGCUAAAAUUGCGGAUGUAUCUUUCUGGGCCGAACUCAUAGCCAAAUCGAAGAAUCCUUCCGAAACCGACUCGGAGCAUUCUGAUGUGCCUUUGGAAACAAAUGUUCGCAGUUUUGGAAUCCUUUUGAUCGAAAUAAUUUCCGGAAAACUCGCUUGCGUAGAAGGGCAAGGCAAACUAGUAAACUGGGCUGCUCAGUACUUGAACGAUAAGGCGACCAUAAAAAACUUGAUCGAUCCAAGUUUAGCGUCUUUUAAGGAAAACGAGCUAGAAACUGUGUGCGACGUAAUACAGAGUUGCAUCGAAGAAGAUUGGAGGAAAAGACCUCCGAUGAAAGAAGUGAUUCCGAAAUUGAGACAAGCCAUUGAUAUAUCAGCCGAAGCAGCAACCCCGAGGCUAUCUCCACUUUGGUGGGCCGAACUCGAGAUAUUAUCGGCAGAGGCCGCUUGAUCGAUUCUAGCGCGCGUGCAAAUUGCAAUCUGAAUGAUAAGAAUAUUGAAAGGUUGAAGUACAAUACUAGAGAGCACGAAGUGAUGAAGGUACAACAAUGUGAAAUAUUUUUUUGUUGCGUGGGAUCAAAUCAAAAUCAAAAUCAAAGUGGAUUAGAGAAGGGAUGAUCGCAAUUGUAGCAAUGUGCCUUCGACCUCAGGGAAGAUAAUGUAUGGCUUAAUGCAGACUAGGAAAUCCUUUUUUUUUUAUUUAUAGAAAACUGAUGAUUACCUGUCCAAAAGUUACUGUUUUGUUUUUUCUUUUUUUCUUUUUUUAAUAAGAUGUUAGAUUUUAUUUUGAAAUUAUAAGCC